UACACCAACCGUCACUUCUUAGAAAGCAAAUCAUGUCUAAUGUCCCCCAUGAUGCAAAACCGGACUUAAACUCCACUCGGUGCACUGCAAAUUUUCAUCCUACAAUUUGGGGGCAUUAUUUCCUUUCUUAUGUUCCUAGUUCCACGGAAGAUGAUAGCCGAAUAAAACAAGUUCAGAUUUUAAAAGAGCACGUGAGGAAGAUUCUUGUUUCGCCGAUUAAUAACAAUUUGUCUUUUAAAUUAAAUUUUAUAGACACAAUUCAACGCUUGGGUGUUUCUUACCAUUUUGAACAAGAAAUUGAUGAACUGUUGCUCCAAAUUUAUGAUAUUUCAACAAAGGACAAUAACAUCAUAGGUCACGAUGAUGAUCUUCAGCAGCUGGCUCUACUCUUUCGAUUGCUCAGGCAACGGGGAUAUCGCAUUUCAUCAAAUGUAUUUUACAAAUUUAAGGACCAAACUGGAAACUUCAAUGAAAGGCUAGCCAAUGAUAUACAAGGAAUGAUGAGCUUGUAUGAAGCAUCUCAACUAAGAUUUCAUGGAGAAGAGAUACUUGAAGAGGCACAUAAUUUCACUCACAUUCAAUUAUCUAAGUCUUUAACCACCCAAUUAAGCCCUUAUCUCGAGGCACAAGUGCAACACAUCCUAGUACAAUCAUUUCACAAGGGAAUGCCUAGGUUGGAGGCAACAUAUAAUAUCUCUUUCUACCAAGAAGAUCCUUCCCAUGAUAAAUAUUUGCUAUCUUUUGCAAAAGUAGACUUCGAUAUUCUGCAAAAACUACAUAAAAAAGAAGUCAGCAGUGUGACCAAGUGGUGGAUUAAGGAUUUAAAUGUGUCAACAAAGUUGCCUUUUGUACGGGAUAGGAUUGUUGAAGGUAGCUUUUGGAUUUUGGGAGUCUAUUUUGAGCCGCAACAUUCUCUUGCUAGAAGGAUAAUGCUAAAAAUAGUUGGCAUAUUGACCAUCAUUGAUGACAUGUAUGAUGCUUAUGGAACAAUCGAUGAACUUGAGCUUUUUACAAAUGCAAUUAGGAGGUGGGAUAUUUGUUGUUUGGAUGAUCUCCCUGAAUACAUGAAAAUAUGUUAUACAACACUUUUGGAUUGUUUUGAAGAGAUAGAGGAAGAGAUGGUAAAGAAAGAAAAAGCAUACUACAUUAAGUACGCUAAGAAAGAAAUGAAAAGACUAGUUCAAGCUCAGAUGACUCAAGCAAGAUGGUUUCAUUGCAACUACACGCCAAUAGUAGAUGAGUACAUGCAAGUUACAACUAUAUCAAGUUGUUACCCUAUGCUGAUAAUCAUAUCUUACAUUGGCAUGAGAGACACAACAGAGGAGAUCCUCAUAUGGGCAACAAGUGACCCAAUCAUUGUUAUAGCUGCUUCAACAAUUUGUAGGAUCAUGGAUGACAUUGUUGGAAAUGAGGUUGAGCAAGAAAGAGGACAUGUUGCCUCAAGCCUUGAAUGCUAUAUAAAGCAACACAAUACCUCAAGGAAAGAUGCCAUUGAUCAACUACGCAAGAUGGUUGACAAUGCUUGGAAGGACAUCAAUGAGGCAUGCCUUAAUCCUACUCAAGUACCAAUGACUUUUCUUAAGCCUAUUGUCAACCUUGCACGCGUGAUAGACGUGCUUUACAAAGACGAAGAUAACUAUACAAAUGCAGGAGGGGUAAUGAAAGAUUACAUUCAAGCUUUACUAGUUAAUAAUAUGUUUACUAAUAUCAUUUAGAAACUUAAUUCCUUUAUUAUGUAAUAUUAUGUUGUUAUUUUUGUUUGUUUUAGAAGGUUCCAAGUUAACACUUUUAACUUGGAAAAUAAUUUCUUAUUUAAUGACAUUUGUCAUACCUUAUUAUCGUUUUAAUUAGCUAUAUUACUUUUAAUUGGCUUUGUUUCCUCCUUUAAACAUAUCAAUAUUA